CUUGGCAGGAAAAAUAGCAAUAAUCCACGUGAAACAAAGGCCACUUAUACUUUGAUUUCCCCCGUCUGUCCCAGAACGUAUGAGUUGUUCUUGCUUGGCUCUCUCUGAAUCACGAGCCCAGCCCCGAUCCUUAAGAAAUUAAGCCGGUUGAGGGGAGGAAGAGAAAGGAACUGAUUCCUCUUCCUCCAUGUCCUGCUCCUCCCUCUUUUGCCGAGUGCUUUUUGUUCAGCUGCUUUGGGUUAUGAAUACUUUGCUGUGUAUCUUGUGGCUAUCAAGGUCAGCCUAAGGGAAGGAGGCUGCAAACUGUUCUCCAUGGCUUAAAUGGACAUCAAAGGAUAUCUCUCUGCUGGCAUGUACCUCCCCAGAUGAUCUGAUCCUUCAUGAACUAACUUCCAAGGAAAAAAAUAACCACCCUCUUCUUGCUACAGUUCGCUUGCUUUAAUUUAUGGCUUGCUCCCAUACAGAAAACCUAAAUUUUAAUGCUGGGAUUGCUCCCCUCUAAAUCUUCUGGUACAUAGAAGGGCAAGGGUCCAUCUUUGCUGAACCCUCAUUGGGAGAGGUUAGCAGGAAGGAGGUCAGGGAGAAGUGGAAGAGACUGGGAAGCACUGUGAGAAGGUGAAAGGAAAUACCCAGCUUUGCCUUUUUUAAGCCCAUUUGGAGGAAACAAAGCUUCUUCCUUUAUGGAUGGAGGUAGUGGAGUUAGUGUGUUCAGCCUAAGCCCGAGGUGGUAACUGGCAGGCAGCUGCAGCAACCCUUCCUUUUUGCCUUACGUUGGACCCUACACCGUACUUGGUCAGCAGCGACGGCAGAACCCGAGCGGGAAAGAUGGUCGUCGUAAGGAGGAGGAACGUGAAAGUGUUUACCUUCGCCUUUUUGCUCAUCACAGUAACGUCAUUUCUGCUGAACUACACGCACCAGGUGACCAUGACUACCUGGGAUCUGAGACAUCUCGUCAUGCAGUUUUCAGAGCAAGUCCAAAAAGUCUUCAAGCACCCCAGGAGACCGUGCAGCUGUCGCACAUGCAUUUCUGAGCUAGGACAUUCCCUCUGGUUCGACCAGAGGUUUAAUUCAACUAUGCAACCUUUCCUGACCUCACAAAAUGCCUUGAUCCCAGAAGACAGCUACAGGUGGUGGCUGAAAUUGCAAGGAGAGAAAACUCCAAAGAAUAUUAAUGAUACUCUCAAGGAAUUGUUUGGGAUCAUUCCCGGGGAUGGGGAUCCGCUGCAGGAGAGAGGCACCUACACAUGCAGACGAUGCGCCGUCGUGGGCAACUCUGGGAACCUUCGGCAGUCUCAGUAUGGCCAAGAUAUUGACUCCCAUGACUUUGUGCUCAGAAUGAACCGUGCUCCCACUGCUGGCUAUGAAUCUGAUGUUGGGAGCAAGACCACUCAUCACUUCAUUUACCCGGAGAGCUACAAAGACCUGGCAGAAAACGUGAGCAUGAUCCUGCUCCCCUUCAAAACCCUGGACCUGCGCUGGGUUGUCACCGCUCUCACCACAGGCACCAUCAACUUCACAUAUGUUCCAGUUCCACGGAAAAUCAAAGUCAAAAAAGAGAAGAUCCUGGUUUAUAAUCCAGCUUUUAUAAAAUACGUCUAUGAAAACUGGCUCCAGCAUCAUGGGAGAUACCCCUCCACAGGCUUUCUGUCUUUGAUAUUUGCACUCCAUGUAUGCGAUGAGGUGAACGUGUAUGGCUUUGGAGCAGACAGCAAAGGACACUGGCAUCACUACUGGGAAAACAACGGUUCAGCUGGGGCUUUCCGGAAGACAGGUGUCCAUGACGGGGAUUUUGAGUUCAAUGUAACUUUGACUCUUGCUUCCAUUGAAAAAAUAAAUUUUUUCAAGGGCAGAUGACCCUGGCCACGGGGAAAAGUGGGGCUGCAGUUUCCAACAUGCAGCAGAACAAAGCUCAGUGAAGAUGAUCUGGGCACCAGCCAGGUUUCAAUGCGCGUAUCUGCGGUGGAUUCGGAGCGUCUCACUGCUGCAAUGCUCACCGCAGGGAGCUCGGCCGAGGACCGGCUUCCACACUGCACAUGAUUUCCUAUCUACGGAUAGCUGGAAACUACCAAUCAGUUGUGGGAAUAAAUGAAUCUCUGCUUAGGCUCUACGGCUCAGUUCUUGAAUUAUUGAUGAAAGAUCUGCCUGUUGCAAUUAGGGGAAACAUGGGCACAGGAACUGCUGUUUGUGUGUCCGUUCUUUCCUCCAGUAAGGCAGGAGAUCCUUGAAGAAGAGUGAAAACGACUUCUGGGACUUGAGACCCACUAGGGCAGCUGUGAACAUCAUAGUAAGGAUUACCUCAAAGAAAUGAAUUCACUUGUGCUGUUGAUCUUCUUUUUGAACUGUCUCUUCUGUUUCCUCUAUUACUUCUGGGUUUGUGCUGUAUUAAGCAAAAACAUGAUGAAGUUGCCUGGA